AGUGGUAAGAUAUGGAUGGAUGAUGUAGCCUGCAGUUCUUCAUAUACUAAACUAAUAUACUGUCCUAGUUCAAUACUGGGUACUAGUAACUGUGGUCAUUCUGAAGAUGCUGGAGUCAGCUGUCAAGCUCCAUGUACUAAUGGGCAGAUCAGGCUAGUAGGAAAUACUAAUGUUCCUCAGGAAGGAAGAGUAGAAUAUUGUUUGAAUAAUAAUUGGGGAACAAUUUGUCAUAAUUCUUGGGGAGCAACUGAUGCUCAAGUAGCUUGUCAUCAAUUGGGAUAUCUAACAGAAGGAGCCAUUGCCUAUUCAUCUGCUAAGUUUGGUUCUGGUACUGGCCCUAUACUGUAUCGCAAUGUUGCAUGCACUGGAAAUGAACUAGCACUUAGUAACUGCAGUAAGACUUCUGCUGGAGGCUAUUGUAGUCACAGUCAAGAUGCUGGUAUAAGAUGCCUUGUUAAUUCAACUGUUAAUUGUACUUAUGGUGAUGUUAGAUUAGUUGGUGGAUCUAAUCAAUAUGAAGGAAGAGUUGAAAUAUGUAUUAAUGGAAUAUGGGGUACUGUCUGUGAUGAUUAUUUUAGUUCUACUGAUGCAACUGUUGUGUGUAAACAAUUGGGAUAUUCUUAUGCUGGAUAUGGUAUUGCUCAUUCCAGUGCUCAUUUUGGUGCUGGUAGUGGUAAGAUAUGGAUGGAUGAUGUAGCUUGCAGUUCUUCAUACAAUAAACUAAUAUACUGUCCUAGUUCAAUACUGGGUACUAGUAACUGUGGUCAUUCUGAAGAUGCUGGAGUCACCUGUCAAGCUCCAUGUACUAAUGGGCAGAUCAGGCUAGCAGGAAAUACUAAUGUUCCUCAGGAAGGAAGAGUAGAAUAUUGUUUGAAUAAUAAUUGGGGAACAAUAUGUGAUAGCUCCUGGGGAGCAACUGAUGCUCAAGUAGCUUGUUAUCAGUUAGGAUAUCUUACAACAGGAGCUAUUGCUUAUAGUUCAGCUAAAUUUGGUUCUGGCACUGGUCCAGUAUAUUGGCGUUAUUUUGGAUGCAGUGGAAGUGAAACUACUCUAAGUGCAUGUAGUAAAAGUUCUGGAUCAAGUUGUUCCCAUUCAUAUGAUGCUGGUGUGAGAUGCCUUGUUAAUUCAACUGUGAAUUGUACUUAUGGUGAUGUCAGAUUAACCAGUGGAUCUAAUCAGUAUGAAGGAAGAGUUGAAGUAUGUAUUAAUGGAAUAUGGGGUACUGUCUGUGAUGAUUAUUGGGACUCUAAUGAUGCUACUGUUGUGUGUAAACAGCUUGGUUAUGGCUAUAGUGGAAAUGGUAUUGCUUAUUCCAGUGCUCAUUUUGGUGCUGGUAGUGGCAAGAUAUGGAUGGAUGAUGUAGCUUGCAGUUCUUCAUAUACUAAACUAAUAUACUGUCCUAGUUCAAUACUGGGUACUAGUAACUGUGGUCAUUCUGAUGAUGCUGGAGUCAGCUGUCAAGCUCCAUGUACUAAUGGACAGAUCAGGCUAGUAGGAAAUACUAAUGUUCCUCAGGAAGGAAGAGUAGAAUAUUGUUUGAAUAAUAAUUGGGGAACGAUAUGUGAUAGUUCCUGGGGAGCAACUGAUGCUCAAGUAGCUUGUUAUCAGUUAGGAUAUCUUACAACUGGAGCUAUUGCUUAUAGUUCAGCUAAAUUUGGUUCUGGCACUGGUCCAGUAUAUUAUCGUUAUUUUGGUUGCAGUGGGAGUGAAACUACUCUAAGUGCAUGUAGUAAAAGUUCUGGAUCAAGUUGUUCCCAUUCAUAUGAUGCUGGUGUGAGAUGUUCUGUUAAUUCAACUGUGAACUGUACUUAUGGUGAUGUCAGAUUAGUUGGCGGGUCCAAUCAAUAUCAAGGAAGAGUUGAAAUAUGUAUUAAUGGAAUAUGGGGCACUGUCUGUGAUGAUUAUUGGGACUCCAAUGAUGCUACUGUUGUGUGUAAACAGCUUGGUUAUAGCUACAGUGGAUAUGGUAUUGCUUAUUCCAGUGCUCAUUUUGGUGCUGGUAGUGGUAAGAUAUGGAUGGAUGAUGUAGCUUGCAGUUCUUCAUACAAUAAACUAAUAAACUGUCCUAGUUCAAUACUGGGUACUAGUAACUGUGGUCAUUCUGAUGAUGCUGGAGUGAGUUGUCAAGCUCCAUGCACUGAUGGACAGAUCAGACUAGUAGGAAAUACUAAUGUUCCUCAGGAAGGAAGAGUAGAAUAUUGUUUGAAUAAUAACUGGGGAACAAUAUGUGAUAGCUCCUGGGGAGCAACUGAUGCUCAAGUAGCUUGUUAUCAGUUAGGAUAUCUAACAACUGGAGCUAUUGCUUAUAGUUCAGCUAAAUUUGGUUCUGGCACUGGUCCAGUAUAUUGGCGUUAUUUUGGUUGCAGUGGAAGUGAAACUACUCUAAGUGCAUGUAGUAAAAGUUCUGGAUCAAGUUGUUCCCAUUCAUAUGAUGCUGGUGUGAGAUGUUUUGUUAAUUCAAGUGUAAACUGUAUUUAUGGUGAUGUUAGAUUAGUUGGUGGAUCUAAUCAAUAUCAAGGAAGAGUUGAAGUAUGUAUUAAUGGAAUAUGGGGUACUGUCUGUGAUGAUUAUUGGGACUCCAAUGAUGCUACUGUUGUGUGUAAACAGCUUGGCUAUAGCUAUAGUGGAAACGGUAUUGCUUAUUCCAGUGCUCAUUUUGGUGCUGGUAGUGGCAAGAUAUGGAUGGAUGAUGUAGCUUGCAGUUCUUCAUAUACUAAACUAAUAUACUGUCCUAGUUCAAUACUGGGCACUAGUAACUGUGGUCAUUCUGAUGAUGCUGGAGUCACUUGUCAAGCUCCAUGUACUAAUGGACAGAUCAGGCUAGCAGGAAAUACUAAUGUUCCUCAGGAAGGAAGAGUAGAAUAUUGUUUGGAUAAUAAUUGGGGAACAAUAUGUCAUAAUUCUUGGUCAGCAGUUGAUGCUCAAGUAGCUUGUUAUCAACUAGGAUAUCCAACAACAGGGGCUGUUGCAUAUAAUUCAGCUAAGUUUGAUUCAGGUACUGGCCCAAUAUAUUACACUUCUGUUGGAUGCAGUGGAAGUGAAACUACUAUAAGUGCAUGUAGUAAAAGUUCUGGAUCAAGUUGUUCACAUUCACAAGAUGCUGGUGUGAGAUGUUUUGUUAAUUCAACUGUGAAUUGUACUUAUGGUGAUGUUAGAUUAGUUGGUGGGUCUAAUCAAUAUCAAGGAAGAGUUGAAAUAUGUAUUAAUGGAAUAUGGGGUACUGUCUGUGAUGAUUAUUGGGACUCUAAUGAUGCUACCGUUGUGUGUAAACAGCUUGGUUAUAGCUAUAGUGGAAACGGUAUUGCUUAUUCCAGUGCUCAUUUUGGUGCUGGUAGUGGUAAGAUAUGGAUGGAUGAUGUAGCUUGCAGUUCUUCAUAUACUAAACUAAUAUACUGUCCUAGUUCAAUACUGGGUACUAGUAACUGUGGUCAUUCUGAUGAUGCUGGAGUCAGCUGUCAAGCUCCAUGUACUAAUGGGCAGAUCAGACUAGUAGGAAAUACUAAUGUUCCUCAGGAAGGAAGAGUAGAAUAUUGUUUGAAUAAUAAUUGGGGAACAAUUUGUCAUAAUUCUUGGGGAACAACUGAUGCUCAAGUAGCUUGUCGUCAAUUGGAAUAUCUAACAGAAGGAGCCAUUGCCUAUUCAUCUGCUAAGUUUGGUUCUGGUACUGGCCCUAUACUGUAUCGCAAUGUUGCAUGCACUGGAAAUGAACUAGCACUUAGUAACUGCAGCAAGGCUUCUGCUGGAGGCUAUUGUAGUCACAGUCAAGAUGCUGGCAUAAGAUGCCUUGUCAAUUCAACUGUGAAUUGUACUUAUGGUGACGUUAGAUUAGUUGGUGGAUCUAGUCAAUAUCAAGGAAGAGUUGAAAUAUGUAUUAAUGGAAUAUGGGGUACUGUCUGUGAUGAUUAUUGGGACUCUACUGAUGCUACUGUUGUGUGUAAACAAUUGGGAUAUUCUUAUGCUGGAUACGGUAUUGCUUAUUCCAGUGCUCAUUUUGGUGCUGGUAGUGGUAAGAUAUGGAUGGAUGAUGUAGCUUGCAGUUCUUCAUAUACUAAACUAAUAUACUGUCCUAGCUCAGUACUGGGUACUAGUAACUGUGGUCAUUCUGAUGAUGCUGGAGUUACCUGUCAAGCUCCAUGUACUAAUGGGCAGAUCAGGCUAGCAGGAAAUACUAAUGUUCCUCAGGAAGGAAGAGUAGAAUAUUGUUUGAAUAAUAAUUGGGGAACAAUUUGUCAUAAUUCUUGGGGAGCAACUGAUGCUCAAGUAGCUUGUCGUCAAUUGGGAUAUCUAACAGAAGGAGCCAUUGCCUAUUCAUCUGCUAAGUUUGGUUCUGGUACUGGCCCUAUACUGUAUCGCAAUGUUGCAUGCACUGGAAAUGAACUAACAUUUAGUAACUGCAGCAAGGCUUCUGCUGGUAGCUAUUGUAGUCACAGUCAAGAUGCUGGUAUAAGAUGCCUUGUUAAUUCAACUGUGAAUUGUACUUAUGGUGAUGUUAGAUUAGUUGGUGGGUCCAAUCAAUAUCAAGGAAGAGUCGAAAUAUGCAUUAAUGGAAUAUGGGGCACCGUCUGUGAUGAUUAUUGGGACUCUAAUGAUGCUACUGUUGUGUGUAAACAAUUGGGAUAUUCUUAUGCUGGGUAUGGUAUUGCUCAUUCUAGUGCUCAUUUUGGUGCUGGUAGUGGUAAGAUAUGGAUGGAUGAUGUAGCUUGCAGUUCUUCAUAUACUAAACUAAUAUACUGUCCUAGUUCAAUACUGGGUACUAGUAACUGUGGUCAUUCUGAUGAUGCUGGAGUCACCUGUCAAGCUCCAUGUACUAAUGGUCAGUUGAGGUUAGUUGGUGGUUCUGUAGCAUAUGAAGGAAGAGUUGAAGUUUGCAUGAACAAUGAAUGGGGUACUGUGUGCUAUGAUUACUGGGGUACACCUGACAGCAGUGUUGUAUGCAAGCAACUUGGAUACUCUGAAAAUAAUUCUGUUGCUUUUACUAAUAAUAAUUUCGGUUCUGGAGUUGGUAAGAUAUUCAUGGAUGAUGUUCAGUGUUCUGGCAAUGAAGCAAGACUCAUUGACUGUACUUAUGACUCAAUAACUUCUGACUGCACUCAUUCAAGAGAUGCUGGUGUUCGCUGCCAAUUGUUGCCUGUUGUGGUUACGUCAUCAUCCACAAUACAGCUGCAGUCUUCCACUCAAGUAUUGACAUCAUCUUCUGUGACAUUAUCAAGUCAAGUUAUAAUUUUGUCUUCUGAUUUUUCCUCUUCAAUUGUUAAAACUUCAGCAUCUCCAUCACCAUCUCCUUAUAAAUCUCCUUCGACAUCUUUUAAUGAAUCUCCAUCACCAUCUCCUUAUAAAUCUCCUUCGACAUCUUUUAAUGAAUCUCCAUCACCAUCUCCUUAUAAAUCUCCUUCGACAUCUUUUAAUGAAUCUUCAUCACCAUCUCCUUAUAAAUCUUCUUCACCAUCUUUUAAUGAAUCUCCAUCACCAUCUCCUUAUAAAUCUCCUUCGACAUCUUUUAAUGAAUCUCCAUCACCAUCUCCUUAUAAAUCUCCUUCGACAUCUUUUAAUGAAUCUUCAUCACCAUCUCCUUAUAAAUCUUCUUCACCAUCUUUUAAUGAAUCUCCAUCACCAUCUCCUUAUAAAUCUCCUUCGACAUCUUUUAAUGAAUCUCCAUCUCCUUAUAAAUCUCCUUCGACAUCUUUUAAUGAAUCUCCAUCACCAUCUCCUUAUAAGUCUCCUUCACCAUCUUUUAAUGAAUCUCCAUCACCAUCUCCUUAUAAAUCUCCUUCGCCAUCUUUUAAUGAAUCUCCAUCACCAUCUCCUUAUAAAUCUCCUUCGCCAUCUUUUAAUGAAUCUCCAUCUCCUUAUAAAUCUCCUUCACCAUCCUUAACCAAGCCUCUUUCACGAUUUUUUACUAAAUCUGCUUCGCCAUCUUUUUCUCCAUCUACAUCUCCUUAUAAAUCUCCUUCGCCAUCUUUUAAUGAAUCUCCAUCACCAUCUCCUUAUAAAUCUCCUUUGCCAUCUUUUAAUGAUACAACAUCACCCUCUCCCUCACCAUCAUCUUCAAUAUCCCCCUACAAAUCUUCAUCAUCACCUAAUACAAUCACAAGCUCUACUCCUUCUCCUACUUGUCCCUCAUCAAUAGCAAGUAUAUCUCUUGAAAAUACAAUGACUACACUGCUUACUAACUACAGUAUAGCAACUUUUACUAGUUCUGCUCAGGAGAGGUUUAAGCAAAUCACAGCUGAGAUUGUAGAGAACUACUGCACAUUCUUCAAGCAAGACUGCAAUCCAAUAAAACUGACAGAUGAAAUGAAGACUGAUGGUAGUAUAUGUGUGGUGAUCACAAGGAUACAGUCUGGAGGAUCAACCAACAAGAGAGCUACCAAUGACCAAACAUUAGUGACAUUCUUUGUCACACUAAAUGAUGGAGCUGGCCUGCUACCAGUAACUGCUCUAACCGUCUCUGUUGAGGCUGGAAUAAGAAAUGGAAACUACAAUAUUUUUUCAGAAGUUGUUAUAGUUAGUGGAUCAACCAGCUCUUCCACUACUACACCAUCAGCAACACUGAGUUCAUCUUCAUCUACUGGAACAACUGUUGGAGUUACUGUGGGAGUCGUAUUACUUGUCAUGAUAACCAUAGGAGUCAUUGUCAUAGUACUGGUGUUUAUGGUUCUGAGAGGAAAAAGAGAAAAUCAGUACAACACUGGGGCUGAAGUUUUUGAGAAUUUAGUGACAAAAGGUUCGAACUCUAUUAAUAGUGGUCCAGUGUUUAGGUCUGUGCUGGAAGAGUCAGAAAAGAAAUUCUCUAAUCCUAUGUAUGGUCACGAUGAUGAUUAAACAAGAAACAAUUAUUACUAACUAAAUCAUUAACUAAUUUUUUUAUAAGUGUAUGCUAAGACCCCCAUUUUUUCAAUAGCCAGAAUUGUGUCAUAAAAUGUAGUAAAAUGGAAAACUCUCUCCUAGCAAAUUAAACAAUUCAUCAAAAUUCAA